UCGACUAUCACACGUACUCCUCAUCUCCUUCCCAACUUCUCAAAACCCAUCGCAUGCAAACAAACUCACCGUUUCAAACACCGCCAAAAUAUUUCUAUCUCUCAAAAUUAACCUUCUUUUUUAUCCUAAUUUCGUCCAACCCAAUAUGGUAUUUAUGUAAAUUCUUCAAAAUUUAUGACCAGUUCCUAACCAAGCUUCUUUCCCCUCCUCUAGAAACCGACAUCAAAACAUUCCGAUACGCUCCAAAACCCUCCAGCACAAUCUGUUUUUUUUCUCUGAAAUUUUCUCGAACUUUCUCUUUAGUUACUAUAAGUUCUAAGAUUCAGUAGCGAAACCCAAUUCAGAUAUUUUCCAUUCAAGCCGUAAACUAUCAAAAAACAAUCUCUGCGAUAUUUGUUCUUUCUUUCCCGAUAUUUCUUCUGAUUUCUGUCUUUGAUUUUUGAGCCAAUAAAAGCCACUUCAAUGGCGGCCAAGACUGAAGGCAAGGCUAUAGGAAUCGACCUCGGCACGACCUAUAGCUGUGUAGGCGUUUGGCAAAACGACCGCGUUGAGAUCAUCGCCAAUGACCAAGGCAACCGAACAACCCCUUCCUACGUCGCCUUCACCGACACCGAGCGGUUGAUCGGCGAUGCAGCGAAGAAUCAGGUGGCGAUGAACCCACAGAACACGGUGUUCGACGCCAAGCGUCUGAUUGGUCGGCGAUUCUCUGAUCCCUCAGUCCAGAGCGACAUGAAGCUCUGGCCCUUCAAGGUCAUUCCCGGACCGGGAGACAAGCCGAUGAUCGUCGUCAACUACAAAGGCGAAGAGAAGCAAUUCUCGGCCGAAGAGAUUUCGUCCAUGGUGUUGAUAAAGAUGAGAGAAGUCGCCGAGGCCUUUUUGGGCUACUCAGUGAACAACGCCGUGAUCACUGUCCCUGCUUAUUUCAACGAUUCGCAGAGACAGGCCACGAAGGACGCCGGAGCAAUUUCUGGGCUCAACGUGAUGAGGAUCAUCAACGAGCCCACAGCUGCGGCUAUUGCCUAUGGAUUGGACAAGAAGGCUUCGAGAAAAGGCGAGCAACACGUGCUGAUCUUCGAUCUCGGCGGUGGAACCUUCGAUGUUUCACUGUUGACGAUUGAAGAGGGGAUUUUCGAGGUCAAAGCGACGGCCGGCGAUACACAUCUCGGCGGUGAGGAUUUCGAUAAUCGGAUGGUUAACCAUUUUGUUGCAGAGUUUAGGAGGAAGCACAAGAAGGAUAUCAGCGGGAAUGCCAGAGCGCUGAGAAGGUUGAGGACGGCUUGCGAGCGGGCCAAGAGGACCCUCUCUUCGACCACACAGACUACAAUAGAGAUCGAUUCUCUGUAUGAAGGAAUCGAUUUCUAUGCGACGAUUACCAGAGCCAGGUUCGAGGAAUUGAACAUGGAUUUGUUCAGGAAAUGUAUGGAACCGGUGGAAAAGUGUUUGAGAGACGCGAAAAUCGACAAGAGCCAAGUUCAUGAGGUGGUUCUCGUCGGUGGGUCUACAAGGAUUCCAAAAGUUCAGCAUCUUUUGCAGGACUUCUUCAAUGGUAAAGAGCUCUGCAAGAGUAUCAACCCCGACGAAGCCGUGGCCUAUGGAGCUGCAGUUCAGGCAGCGAUUCUGAGCGGAGAAGGGAACGAGAAGGUGCAGGACCUGUUGUUGCUCGAUGUCACGCCGCUCAGUCUUGGGCUCGAAACUGCGGGCGGUGUCAUGACGGUUCUGAUUCCGAGGAACACCACGAUUCCGACCAAGAAGGAGCAGAUUUUCUCCACCUAUUCCGAUAACCAGCCCGGCGUUCUAAUCCAAGUCUAUGAAGGAGAACGAGCUCGAACCAAGGACAACAAUCUCCUCGGAAAAUUCGAGCUUGCUGGCAUUCCUCCGGCACCCAGAGGAGUACCCCAAAUCAGCGUGUGCUUCGACAUCGACGCCAAUGGUAUUCUGAACGUGACCGCGGAGGACAAGACAGCCGGAGUGAAGAACAAGAUCACCAUCACCAACGAUAAAGGAAGGCUGAGCAAGGAAGAGAUAGAGAAGAUGGUGAAAGAUGCAGAGAAGUACAAGGCCGAGGACGAGGAGGUGAAGAAGAAAGUGGACGCCAAGAAUGUGCUGGAGAACUACGCUUACAACAUGAGGAACACGGUGAAGGACGAGAAGUUCGCCGGGAAACUGAGCCCGGAGGACAAGCAGAAGAUCGAGAAGGCGGUGGACGAGGCUAUCGAGUGGUUGGACAGGAACCAGUUGGCGGAGGUUGACGAGCUGGAGGACAAACUUAAGGAGUUGGAGGGAAUCUGCAAUCCCAUAAUUGCGAAAAUGUAUCAGGGCGGUGGCGGAGACAUGCCCAUGGGAGGUGACAUGCCCGCCGGCGGUGGCUAUGGUGGUGGGUCCACCGGGUCUUCUGGACCGGGCCCCAAGAUUGAAGAAGUUGAUUAAGGGGUUAGACCUUGUGGGCGGUUGGGUUUCGGCUUUUUGAGAUGCCGUGGAUCAUGUUUUGGGUUCAAAGUCAUGUGAAGAAGAAAGUUGCUUUUGUUCACGUCGUUCUUUUUUCUUUUUUUUUUUUUUUUUUUGUGUGUUAAUGUAAAUGGACAAGGUUAGGACUUAAAGAAGACAUGCAAUGAAAAAUGCAAAACAUGGUUUUGAAGUGAAGAAAGUUUACUUCUUUC